AAAGAUACAUAUUUUAUACACUUGUGAUGUUUUCUUCCAUUAAUAAAUGUAGCAGCUAAGUCAACCUAGCUAGCUUGGCAUUUCACACCCUGCUAGCUAGGUUAGCUUUGCUAGCGUCUUAGGCCGCAACCUGGCGCCGCACCAGGAGAGAGGAAUUGAGCAUUCAGGAGCUACCUAGCCAAUUCAUUUUUGUUUUUACUCCUUUCAGGAUUAGUUGGUGAUUUUAUACUUUCGCGGACGUAUUUGCACCAAGCGUAGAAAAUAUCCGCGUAUUAAUACUGCACUUCCUGAAUGCUUAGCGACUGGACUUGAAACUUGCAUUGCACGGAUGUCGAAAUUAAAGCUGAUAUCUGUAACUGACACACAGUUUCCUGUGUCAUUGCUGGAGGCCAUCAGUGAGCAGCGAAACAAUGGAUUAUUCUGUGAUGUGACCAUAAUUGUACAGGACCGCAAGUUCAGGGCACACAAGACAAUGCUAUCAGCAUCCAGCACUUACUUUCGGCAGCUUUUUUCAGUUGCAGGACAAGUGAUUGAGCUAAAUUUUAUCAAGGCAGAAAUAUUUGAAGAAGUCCUGAAUUACAUAUACACCUCAAAAAUCCACCGAAUUCGGUCUGACAAGCUUGAAGAUCUUAUCAGCGCAGGCCAGAUCUUAGGAGUCAAGUUCAUUGCCAAUCUCGCGACCCCACUUUCACAAGUCAAGGGGCUACCGGGCUUGUCAAAAGAAGGAGAUCCCAGCAACGUUAAUGCCACUGAGAAAAAUGAAACCGGAGUGGAGAAUAUGCCAAUCAUCACCGAAUCAUUCUCUUUAUCGGCCGAGGAAUUCAAAAUGGUAAGUGGCAGUGUUGACAGAGAUGAUCCAGACAGCGAUGAUGUUCUUUUUGUCUCAGAGGUGGAAGCGCCGAAAGCUCAGAAGACGAAGCAAUCUCAGGUUAUAGAUUUGGAUGUGGAGGAAGGACCAGAGCCUAAAAGACAAAAAGGCACAAAUGAGGAAGAACUGAAUCCUGAAAGGGGAAAAGCUCAAUAUGAGGAAAGCAAGCUCCCUUCAGAAGGUGAAGUGCCAAAGAAAUUCCAAGACAAACCACAAGCCCAUGCAAUCCCUGCAGCUGUCACCAUGUCCCCAAACACCAGUGAUGCUGUUAUGGUCUCUGAUGCAAGAUCACAGAGCGCACAGAGCGCACCCUCUACCCCAGCUGAUGUGAACAGUCUUACUCCUGACGCUCUGAAUACCACUCUGCCCCUGGAACCCAGUGAAGUGCUUGGAGUUCAGAAGAAGAAGGUUUUGUUGGAGCAGUCACCAAAUCGGCCAGGAAAAAUCAGACUGUCAGAUGUGAGGCCAACCUUCAGCACUAAUAAUGGAACUAGGCUAGAUGCUGCUCUGACCAAGAAGACAAUUACAUUAGACAAAGCCUCAGAAAUUGAUUCACUGUCAUCAGGAUGCAAGGUUUAUGCCAACAUAGGGGAGAAUACCUAUGACAUUGUUCCUGUGAAAGAGUACUCAGGUGAAGGGGAAACUCGACCUUCCCCUGGACGAAAAUCACAGACCUCAGUGCACGGUGCAAGCAAUCUGACCACCAGCUCGCCUCGAGGUAAGAAAAAAGGUAAAGCGGAUCAAGAGGAUCAUUAUGAACUUAUUAUGGACGGUAAGACCUUUUAUGUGUGCGUUGUGUGCAAGCGCCCCUAUGUUUGCCUGACAAGCCUCAGGCGGCACUUUAACACACACUCAUGGGAGAGGAAGUACCCGUGUCGUUACUGCGACAAAGUAUUUGCUCUGGCUGAAUACAGAACCAAACAUGAGAUCACUCACACGGGGGAGAGACGGUAUCAGUGUUUACUGUGUAAUGAAAUGUUCCUCAACUACCAAUUGUUGUCAUCACACUGCAAACAAAUGCACAAUCAAGACCCCUCAGGAAGGAAGGAGAAGGACGACACGGACAAUAACUUGUACCGCUUACUUCCGUGUAAAACGCUGCAGUUCAAGCCGUACUCUUUCGUCUCAGGCGAGACCGGGGGAAUUCCGAUCAUUAAUGAAGAUGGGAUUGUGCAUCACGUUAACCCUGGCAGGUCACACUUCGCAAACCAGGAACUCCAGUCCAGCCAGAGCAAAAUGUUGAACUGGGAUGAUAUCUUUGUCGAGCCCGAUGCACACAAUCGACCAGGGGCUCAUGCACGUCCCGGACCUCCUCCGCGACCCGCAAACCAAAUGAAUGUAGAGAACACGACAGAGUUUGAAUUUGUCAUACCGGAAACAUACUGAGCUGGCAUGUUCACAAUUCUGAGUGCUAUGGUGCCUUUUAAUGUUCCAGGUUUCAAAGAAGUAUGUUCUUGAAUUCAGUCAACUGGAAAAGUUAGUAAGUUAAUUGAACACAUAAAAUAUGUUUGUCAUUCAAGAUGGGGUUCAGGGGUUUUGUCAGAAUCAUGUGUUUGAAAUUCUUCUGUGGCUGUUAAUUACAUUUGUCUAAUGCUUUAAAUCUUGGCAUUACUUCUCAUGCAUCGGAUUUCUUUUAACUUUUACUGUAAAGGUACAGUGUGGGCUUGAUGAAAACAAACAAAACAAACAGUAGUUUCAAGACAGUGGUGAGUGAUGGAUGCUGUUUUCUUUCCUACAGUAAUUAGACUGUGGACAUUAUUAUAAACCAUGUGAGUCAGCCAUGUGUUCUGCAGGAUGUCAGAACCAAAUGACAUCAAGGAAACAAUCAAAGCACUUCAUGUUGUACCUUUUAAUCUGUGAAAGAAGUGUUGAAUUGCCGGGACAAAAUGAUGAACGGUAUCAGUGGGGAAAUGGUAUGAGGUAGGGGAAUGAAUACAGAUGUUCACUUUAGUUCUGUUUGAAUUAUGGUGUAGUUAGCAUUGUCAGUUUCAUUUUACACAUUAAUCAUGUUCAACAAUUUUGCAGUUUUGCUAGCUUGGAGGAACUUUGAUAAUGUUUAGAUUGAGUAACGUAAUGAUGAGUCUGAGAGCACACCAUUUAUACAAAGUCUACAAAUGACCAUGUAGUAUAAUGCCAGCACAGAAAACGCCGACAAAUGUGCAGAAGAUUAAUUACAAUUCCGUACUGGAGAUUUUGGAACCUUCUAUUGACCACAUUGUUUUAGUGUUUUGGGUUUUUCUUAAUGAUCGUCUCAAUAGAUUAUAAAACAAUAAUGCACUUGUUCCAUUACAGAGACCAUUCAUUUUAUUUGAUUCUCUUAGUUUUCUUAUCUAGCAUAAAGGAACAACUUUUGUAUUUAUGAUUUGAGUGCAGAGGAGGAUGGAAGGCAUUUGUGAAUGUUAGUAAUAUGUCCAUUAUUUAGCAGAUUGCACUUGUAAAAUUGUACAUUUUUAUUUAUAUGCUGGCCAUAUAAGGCUGUGGUCAUUUCCACCAAGAGUGUAAUCAUGAAUUAUUGUGAAUUAAUGAAGUAAAAUGGAUGAGCCUCUACUCAUCAGACCAUUAUCUAAGUGUAAGCAGAGGAGUAAUAGAUAACUUUCUGCUGUUUUUCUUUUUUCCAUGUGCUUUUCUAUAUUUCCUUCUUACAUAUACAUAUAUGUAUUCCAUUGUAUUCUAGUUAGUAGGUAAUGGUUCGGACAUUAGGAUGAUCAUGUGACUCAAUAUUGCCACAGUCAGAAAGUGAGUGCUCUAACAUUUGUUAAUCUUACAUAUUAACAAAUAUUUGUACUACUAAAGACCAUUUUAAUUGUUUCUAUUUUGUUCAACAAUAUUUAUUAGGUCUUAGUGCUGUACAAUGUGAAAUAAAAUUUUAGAGUACUUAUUUUCUCAUCGCUGUCAAAUACAUGAACAUUUUUCUCCAGCAUUCAUUCUUAAUGGUGGUGUCUAGCUUUGAAUUUCUGACCUACUAAGUUUAAUAUUAUAGCAAGUUUGAUAAUGUAGUAUACAGACUGUGGUGCUCUACAUUGUUGGGUCUGUUUUUUUUUUUUUUUGUUUGAAACCACCAAAUCCAACUCUGCAGUACAAAGGUAAUAUUUAUACACAUAAAAUAUAUUUUAAACAGACAUAAAAUGGACUGUAUGUGAUUCCUGCUCAUUUUUUUCUGCCAUUUACAGAUUUUUGCUUACAUAUUUGUACAUUUGCUUAAAAUAAAAUAAAAAAAAAAACAUCAAGUACAGCUAAAGCUAUAGACUGAUCACUAAUCACAGUGAAUAGACACCUUUUAAGAUAUGAUUAAAUGUACACUAAGAGAAGGCAGUAUGAACUGUUCGUGUACUCCAAACAUGUAAUACUAGGUCAUACAUGAACAGCUUAAGUGUACAGAUUAUGUGUAGUUUAUAUAGUCACUGCAGUAACAAAUUUUUUUAGUUGGUUUUAAUGACCUCCCAUGAAAU